AUUAGCCAACUACUUUCUUGGUUCGCUCAGUUCCGCGUUCUCACCCCAGCUUAUCGCCACUCACGGGAAGCACGACUCGAUCCUCUUUGCUUCAACAGACAGGCUCUAGCUCAGUCCAGGGACGCUAGAUCUGACACCGGAAGAAUAAGGACCCAUACCUUCCGUUCUUGACGCCGAUGCGCACUUCGAAAGCGCACGUCUUGGAUUGAAAGGUUCAUCACAAUUAGAACGGUGAUCAUACCACUGGCUAGUGUGUUUAAUUGUUGGUUUCAGCCUACUUUGUAAGUGAAAUUGAAAGAAUACACCGGCACCACAAUACCUAUUGAAUAGAUGUGCUUUGAAAGAGCUUGAUCAACAGGUGUGAAGGCAGCAGAACAAGAAGGCGCCCUGCACCUGCACUCUUUACCAGCGAGUAGAGUGGUACUAUUGUAGCCUCAAAAGUUGGCAAAAUACUGCAAGAGGGUCAGAGACAAAGGAGGAAAACAAAAAGCCGAUUGGCAUUUAUAAAGAAAAACAAGUGAUAGAGAGAAAGAGAGAGGGAGGGACAGAGAGAGAGAGGAAGAGAGAAAGCGGGACAACCCUUGGAGAAUAGCAGAAGACCCGGCCCCCGGCCUGAGUGUAAGAGAGAGAGAGGGCGAGGGAGCGUUUUAAAGCCGGCACAGGCAUGAUGUCCUACAUUAAGCAGCCUCAUUACGCCGUGAACGGGUUAACUCUGUCUGGUCCUGGCAUGGAUCUACUACACUCUGCCGUCGGAUACCCAAACAUCCCCAGAAAGCAGCGUCGGGAAAGGACCACGUUUACGCGCGCGCAGUUAGACAUCUUGGAGGCACUGUUUUCCAAAACGCGCUACCCCGACAUCUUCAUGAGGGAAGAAGUGGCCCUCAAGAUCAACCUACCAGAGUCUCGUGUACAGGUAUGGUUCAAGAACCGCCGUGCUAAAUGCCGCCAGCAGGCACAGCAGAGCACAGGCCAGUCUAAACCUCGUCCACCCAAGAAGAAGGCCUCUCCAGCCCGGGAGGCCAACUCUGAGGCCAGUGUCAACACCAACGGGUCCUACAGUCCAGUACCCCCUCCCCUUGGCCCCGCCAUCACCCCCAGCUCCAGCAGUGCCAACGCGACCGUGUCCAUUUGGAGCCCUGCCUCCAUCUCCCCGCUGCCAGACCCCCUGUCAGCUUCCACCACGCCCUGCAUGCAGCGCUCCUCUGCCUACCCCAUGACCUACACCCAGGCCCCGGCCUACACCCAGAGCUACGCAGGCUCGUCCUCCUACUUCACUGGCCUGGACUGCAGCUCCUACCUGUCUCCCAUGCACUCACAGCUCUCCGCCACCGGGGGCGCCCUCAGCCCCAUCACCUCCAUGGGCGGGCACCUCGGCCAGUCCCCUGCCUCUCUGUCUUCGCAGGGCUACACAGCCGCCUCGCUGGGCUUCGGGGCCGUCGACUGCCUGGACUACAAGGACCAAGCUGCCUCCUGGAAACUCAACUUCAACGCAGCUGACUGCCUGGACUACAAAGACCAGAACUCCUGGAAGUUCCAGGUCUUGUAGGUGGGAUGAGGUAAGGAAGGGACCAGCCAGGAGAAGCUCCCAUUCCAUUCAGUGUUAAAGACUUGGACACAUAGAUGGUCAACUAAUCAUUUCAGUCCACGAACUCAAUGACUGAGAAAAUGUCAUUAUUUUUUUGUGUUAUGGAAAGCAAUGUGGAUAGCAGAUCCACUGAUGUUGGGCUUUGUGAUUUUUGGGAAGGUGACAAGAAUCAAUAUUGUUAAAUCAAUGAUAUUCAAUCAAUACAGUAUUAUCAACGUGAGGAUGCACAAUCAAUGGGACAUUGAGGUAAUAAAGCUAGUCAUAUAGAAGUGAUGACAAACAAAUCGACAUGUAAGAAGAUAAUUGAGAUACUAAAAUUGAGAACUGAUUUUAAAAAGGAAUACAUACCACACGAUUGAAAGCAAUACCUGUAGAAUGAAAUUAAUUUGAUGAUUACAUUUCGAAAAACAGCAUAAUUAACAAAGGUCCAUUCUUGUAUGCCAUAAUCAGGGUUUUGAGGACCAAAUGAAUAGAGAUUUGCAAUUUGAAGGCUGGAUGAAGUAUUAUUUUGAUGGAGAGAACAAACAAUUGAUAAAAUAAAAAAAAGGAUAUUAAAUAUUGGUUGCAAUGAAUCCCAUUAGUCAGGUAGCUGAUAGUUAAUUUCUGAACAAGAUCUGUCACUCCUUUAGUGGUCUUGUUGUGCUUAAUAGUAACCUAGAAUUAGAAAGGAAAAGUGGAAUUCCACCCCCAAGAUGGGUGGGCUGGCCUUGACUUUAGACCAAAUUGGAUUCAGUGGUUAUUUUUGACAUUACUUCAGGACAAUUGAAAGUUGUGUACAUUGUAAGGAAGAAAAUGACUCUGCCUUGAAUUUGAUAUUGAACAAACAGAGGGAGUUCCAGCCAGAGGUGGAGACUGACUCCAAUGGGGACAACGUUGCUUUCUUUUUCCCUCUGUCAUUUGUUUUAUGGUUUAUUUUUGUUAUGAAGCUGCUUUACAUAUUUGGUGAAUUGAGAGAUCCUGGAGCCAAACAGACAGACACACGGACGUGCAUGGGUUUCUCAAUAAGCAAGAGGGGAUGGGUAAAGCAAGGAUAACCUUUGGUACUGUCAAGAAGAGAUCAUAGGCUAUUGUUGUAUCCUUUUACCCAGUAGCUUUGAAGGGAGGGGAUCCUCGGCGGACAGUGUGUUAGAGUGAAGUGGGGUAAAGGGGUAAAGGAGGGGGGCUGGGUUAGGGUGAUAGGGUUAGUAACAAACCUCUUGUCUUUGAGCACCAAUCGUGGAAUGAAUCACAUCUGGGCACAAGGCAUUCUGGGAUAUGCAAGGAUGACAAACGUGCAGCCUUUGCGUUUCUAUCCAACUGUGUUUGUUGGGCGGAUGGGGGGGGGGGGGGGGGGGGGGGGGGGCUUUGACGAUUACUUCACCAGUACUUAAAUACUAAAUUUCCCCUUAAUGACUAAACUAACCCUGUUGCCGAAUAUACUGUUACAAUGAGAUAUUUGCAGGAGAGAAGACUCAACAGUAGAAAGGGAAGGGUCUGGCCAUGACUGCGCUACCCUUGCACUGAAAGCACGGACCAUCUCUCAGUUGUUACCUGUAAAGAAGCGAGGGGUACCAUUUUGUGUUGAUGUAUCGUUUCCUCUUUUUGUAUUAGAGUAUAACAUAUUAUGUUUCUUAAAUUUGUGAGUCCUUUGAAGUAAAAUUGUGGUAAUUUGUUUGAAGUUAAUAUUAUCAUUAUUACUAUAAUUAUUAUUAUUAUUAAUUCUAAAGCUAUUAUGAAUAUUGCUAUUAUUCUGUUUAUGUCGUUCUUUUUGUAAAUAUUAAACUUCACUUGAAAAUGCAAUCACGUCUGGUACCAACAAUGUGUUACAGACACACCACGCAAAUUUCUAGAAGACUGGCAAUUUUAAUUGUAAUUUUUUUCUGUUUUCUGGUCUCUUCUUUUCUGAACAACGUUUUUCAAACUCAGGGGUUUAUCCAAUAAAGUUAGUGGUGAGAGCAUACAACGCUUUGUAUACUUCCUGAUCAUCCACAUUCAUUAUUCGCAUUCUAAUCUAUGCUUUUUUUUCUGACACGAAUGACUCCCCCUCUUUAGUAUUAGUAUAUCGGACAUAUCUCCUGUGUGUUUGCCCACCCCCCACUUCUACAUGGGAUAGCUAUUGAGUUUUAAGACAUUAAACAACUG